CCGCACAUCAUCAGCAGCAGCCAAGGCUGUUCUGGCAGAGCAUUCACUCGGGCACCGAUGACGACUACGACCACGACCAACCCACCGAAUCCCUUCUGUCUGCUCAAGUCGGGUCAAAAUGACGUUUCUCGAUGGAAUCUCGCUCAUCAACUUCGUCAAGAGGUCGCCAGUGCUCUUGCGAGCCCUGACACCUCUGGCCAAGGCUUACGCCCAAUCCUCUGGCUUUCGUCAACUCGGUCUCAAAUACGACGACCUUCUGAUCGAGGAGAAUGACGAUGUGCAAAAGGCUCUUAAGCGUUUGUCGCCCCGCGAGCAAUACGACCGCGCCGCUCGUUUGCGAGCAGCUUCUCAAUACAGUGUGCUUCACCGCGAUGCUAGCAAGGAGCACUGGAUCAAGCCAGAAGAGGAUGUCCGCUACUUGCAGCCAAUUGUAGACCAGGUCAAGAAGGCAGAGGAAGAGCGCGCUGCAUGGGACACGGUCAAGGUCGACAGGAAGUAGAGGUUGCUCUUGAUCGAGCAUCCCCCCCCUCUUUUCCAGCCUACGUACCUCAACCCCCAAGCAAUUAGACGCCUUUCUUGACAAACAGAUCUUUCGAGGAUUUGAUCACCUCCGCAAGGUGGAAGCCGAAGUCUUCUGGUCAGCAAAUGCCCGCUUGAAUGCACACUGAAGGAGAUUGUGCGCGGAAUCCUCUCGAUUCAAUUGCGCAACGACGCAACAGCAGGC